GGAGCAGCCAUAAAAUUCAAUGCUACAAAUUGAGUCCAACGGACCACUUCGACAUUCACAUAUCACAACUAUUCAAAAUGAGUGCAACGAGACACCGUGAAUUGGAGGAGGAUUUCUUGCGCAGGCCCUCAAAAGUAGGUGAAGUUAUCAACCUCUUGGACGAAAUAUCAAAGGGGGGAAAGAUGGCGAAAGGCAAUGUUGAUAAGCCCGCGGCUAAUAUCAUUCCGGACGUUACGGACACAAAUUUUAUUGUAAUGCAACGCGGCCAGUUGCACGUUAAAACGAGGAGCAAGCGCAGCUUCAUUCAAAUUGAUAUUGCAGCGAAUCGCGAUCAAAUGACGUUUAUGCGCCAGAUCGAUGUCACCCAGGCAGAACGGAAUAAUGCUCGUAGGGAGCGUAUUAGCGUGGCACUCAAUUAUCGCAGACUUGGAAAUGCCGAGUUUCGGAAACCCAACUUUGAUAAUGCUAUUGAGUUUUACACCAAGGGACUGGAAUAUAUAGUCGAUUCGAAAGUUCUCUUUGUCAAUCGCAGUUUGUGCUACAUUAAAAAACGUGAUUACCAACGGGCCCUAAUUGAUCUAGACUAUGUCUUACUCAAUUUGGAUGGACGCUGUUUGCGUGCUUGGCUCUAUAGAGCCGGGGCUCUAAAGCGCAUGAACAAUGAGGCUGGCUAUCUGGAAUGCAUUGAUAAUGCGCGUAGAUACAAUCAUAGCGAGGAACAAUAUAUUGAAUAUUUUAUAGAAAAAAUUAAAUCUGGGUUCUGAUUGUAUACAUUUUA